CGGCGGGGCCGGAAGUGGCUUGCUCUGGGGGAGUACUUCCGGCGAGGCCUGGAAGCGGUGGCGGCUGUCGGCUGUCGGCAGGUACCGGGCGGUCCGGGGCGAGGUGAUGUUGUGGCUCUGCAGAUGUGGCCCUGACUGACGUAGGCCCCAAGUUGCUUGGGCCAAGGAUGAGCAAGCCGACAGACCUGCAGCACGACCUGGAACGGAGCCUCCCAGCCAUCGCGUCCAUCAGCACCUCGCUUUCCCAGAGCCAGGGCUUCUCCCCGUACUGCUACUUCUCUCCAGAGAAGAGGAAAGCCAUCUCGGAUGUGAGGAGGACCUUCUGUCUCUUUGUCACCUUCGAUCUGCUCUUCAUCUCUUUGUUGUGGAUAAUCGAACUGAAUACCAAGGAUGGCAUUCAGAAGAACUUGAAGAAUGAAAUCUUCGAUUACAAUUUCAAGACCUCUUUCUUUGACAUAUUUGUCUUGGCUUUCUUCCGAUUUUUUGUGUUGCUGCUGGCCUACGCGGUUGUGAGGCUGCGCCACUGGUGGGUCAUAGCGGUCACCACGUUGAUAUCCAGUGCCUUCCUGAUUGUGAAGGUCAUCCUCUCCGAGCUUCUCACCAAAGGGGCGUUCGGCUACUUGCUUCCCAUCGUCUCGUUUGUCAUUGCUUGGUUAGAGACUUGGUUCCUGGAUUUUAAAGUCCUCACUCAGGAAGCAGAAGAGGAACGAUGGUACCUGGCAGCCCAGGCUGCAGCUGCCCGGGGGCCCCUGCUGUACCCUGGAGCCCUUUCUGAUGGGCAGUUCUACUCCCCGCCGGAGUCCUUUGCAGGGUCGGACAACGAGUCGGAUGAGGAAGGUCCGGGAAGGAAGGCGUUGACAGCUCAGGAGAAAGAAUACGUCCGACAGGGCAAAGAAGCUAUGGAAGUUGUGGACCAAAUCCUCGCCCAGGAGGAGAACUGGAAGUUUGAGAAGAACAAUGACUUCGGUGAUGUCGUUUACACGUUUGAAAUACCUUUCCAUGGCAAGACCUUUAUUUUAAAGGCUUUCCUGCAGUGCUCUGCUGAAACAGUUUACCAGGAGGUUAUUCUGCAGCCCGAGAAGAUGAUCCUGUGGAACAGAACAGUGGCAGCUUGCCAGAUCCUGCAGCGGGUUGAAGACAACACGAUCGUUUCAUACGACGUAGCAGCCGGGGCUGCAGGCGGCGUCGUUUCCCCCAGGGACUUUGUGAACGUGCGGCGGAUCGAGAGGAGAAGAGACAGGUACAUUUCCUCAGGGAUGUCGACCACGCACAGCCUGAAGCCUCCACUCUCCAAGUACGUCAGGGGUGAGAAUGGACCUGGAGGAUUCGUCGUAUUGAAGUGCCCCAGCAACCCCCGGGUCUGCACUUUUAUCUGGAUCCUAAACACGGACCUGAAGACACCUCGGCACAAACGCAGACCCCCGCGGAGCUGCGGCCGCACGCGGAGAGCAGCGCUUCAGCCCCGCGCCGUGACCCAAAUCCGGAGCUAUUUGUGGAGCUGCACGCAGAGUCCUUGCUGGUGGCCGGGACAAAGGCAGCAGGCAGGGAGCCGGAGGGGGGGAGAAGGGGGGCGCUGCCCUGUUUUCUUCCUGCGCCGAGGUUGGUGUGGAAACGGCGCUGCAGCAGCGAGCACAAAGGCUCCAUUCAUCGGCGCUGCGCGGCGCGGCCCCCUCCCCUCCCACAGCCCUCCCCUCCCACGGAGCAGCUCGGCUGCCGUUCAGCAUUGGGCUCUGGAAAGGCAGCGUGCAAACGAUCCUCUUGGCGGCUCCUUGGCUGGGACGUGGCACGGCUGCGCCCGCCCUGCUGCCCCUGGCUCUGCUCGGCACAGGGUUGGAGCUGGAGCUGCUUCUCCUUCGUGCAAAUCUCUCCUCCGCCUCCUCCUUCCCUUCUGGGCUGGAGGGAAAUCGGCUCCAUUUUGCACAACUGAGCUGGGAAAGGGGAGGUCCCCGCUCUGUGCUUCCCAGGACGCGGAGUGCUCUCCUGCUGCUGCUGGAAGAAAUGCCAGAGCAGCCGAGCUAUUAAUAAUGCUUCCACCAUCUUCCUGAAGGGCUCUGCUGCUGCUCACAGCCCUCGUCGCUGCUGCCUUGGUAUUUCCUUUGGCCCUGACGGCGUAUUUAUAGCUGGUGGCUCAUCCCUUCCUCCAGCGAAGGGCAAGGGUUGCACACGUGUGUGUGUCUGUGUGUGUCUGUGUGUGUUUGUGUCUGUGCUGGCACUUUGCCCCCCCAGCUCAGUUUGGAGAGCUGCCCAAAAUGGCCCCCGCUCCUCAGCUGGGUGCUGUGCCAGCCCCAAAGGGCCGAGGGGAAAAGCCUGCUUUGGGGAAAAGCCCUGCAGUGGGGGCUGAGGGAGCCCUUCCCCACAUCCACAGGGGUUUUCCUGUGCCCUGGGCAGGGGGACGUGGCCCCUUCCCUCCUCCUCUGCACCUCAGCACCUGCCC